CACCUCUAAAAUCUAGACUUUUGGCAUUUGAACAAGCCAAACGGCGCCGCCUGCUUGUUUCUCGGAGAUGGAGUCGCACGUGCCGAGCAACCCAAGCGAAGAGUCGUGGACGGAGGAGAAGCAUGUGACCUUCCUCAACUCCAUGGAAGCAUGGUUCGUCCGUACUAUGCUUGACAACAACGAUCGCUUUAAUCUCCGUCUGGACCGUCACCUGCCUGACACCUCUGACUCCACUCUGGACUGCAAACGCAAUGCUCCCACCACAAGGAACCACACUACUUCGGGUUUUACCGGCUCAAACCGAUGCAGGAUGAAGGUCAGGCCUGGUAAAAGAUCAAGAAGAUCAUCCUCUAGGUCUCUUGCUUCAUCAGAAGAUCAGGUUUGUCACCAAAGCCUCGAUUUCGGUUAUAUUUCGUUUAUCGCAAACGUAGUUAUAACAGAUGUUAUCAUGGUUAUUGCAAGUAUUAUGGCUGUACAAUAAUAGUUUGGUUAAUAUGGCUAAAGCUAAAAAACACAGAAGCAGUUUAGAUUCAUGGCUAAAGCUAAACAGUUGUUAAUAUGUGUGUUGUUUAGGUUGUUCCACAGGUUGAAAACAGGAGAGAAGAUAAAGAAGAGAAACAGGGUGUCCCAAUUUUGGUGUUUCAUCCAACCCGAUGAAUGUUUUUCAUGUUUCUGGGACCCUUUUUGCACUUAAUCUC